GAUUAUUAAUUUCUGCAUCAUCUCCAGAUACUCCGAUAUUUACUAGCUCUCUCAAAAUUCAGAAAUCCCGGAUUUUAGUCGUGAGAUCAGCAGAGAGCGAUAGAAUUCUGAAUUCGAGGAGCAGAUCUUAGCUCAUUCCCUUCCGUUUCCCUUCGACUAUGGCUACCACUGUAAUUUCCAAGGAGGCUGCUCCCGCAGCCGUCGCUGCGAUCGAGACGAACUUCCCCGGGUCCGUGGAGGAGACCGGUUACAUCGCAACCAUCGCCGACAAGCUCAAGGAGCACGGAUUUACCAAGGACAACAGCAUCGCGCUUGUCAGCACGUGCCGCGACGAGGCGUCGCGUCUUCUCGACGCCGCCAUUGAUAAGCACUUCGGCCUCACCUUCGCGCUCAACGGGCUCGCGGGAGUGCCGCCCGGCGGAGCGCUCGCGAUCAAGGCCGGCGCGUCGCACAGCCCCCAAGACGAGAACGGCAAGGAGCGAUACGUCUUCUUCGGACUCACCCACAUCGGCGUCGACGAGACCGGCUCGAUCGGCAAGAUGCGUCGCGCCGGCCGCCCCGCGCUCUCGGGAGCAUGCGGCGCGCUCCUCGCUCUCACCGCCCAGUUCAGCGCGAGCAAGGAGCUCCCCGAGGCUUCCGCCGAUGAUCUCGAGGUUCACUACCUGACGAAGAAGCUCCUGGAGGCGAACCCCGAGCCGAACAUUGUUGCGGUUACCAAGGCGGCGGUGGAUGUUAUCAACAGCACGCUGGAGCAUCUGAUCAGCGUGGCCGUGGACAGCAAGAAGGCGGAUUAUGCUGUUAUUACUGGCGUGCAGAUCCACUCCGGGAACAACCCUCCCGGCACGCCGUUCAACCUGGAAAACACCGUGGAGUACAUCACCCCCUCCCUCGCCUAUGUGGUGGUGGAUGGAGUCAAGAAGACCCUGUAAAUUCCUCGACCAUUUUUUACCCAUGGAUUUCCGUGGUUCGCGCUGCGGCAGAAAUGCUUCUGUGGUAGCUUUGCCGCAGCAGGGGUCGACUGGGAUAAUUCCCUAAAUUUUAUGCAUGCUUCAAAUAUUGAGUAUGUAUUUCCUUGUCAAAUAAAGUUAUGCAACAGUCUUCAUCACUAUCCGUUGCGGAUCUGAGACUCGCAGAGGGAUUACCUUGUCAGAUGACAACCACAUGGAGAACAUUGA